AUGGACAGGAUUCCCAAGUUCCGGCGCAAACCCAAGAACCCCACGAUCGAGACUGCCGUCGAGCGCUCAAGCAGCGACACCGUCGAUAGUAUCGCCAGUUCCGAGCUUCAGGCCGCAAACCUUCAGCUGCAACAGCAGGGACUACAGAUUCAGACCCAGAAACCCCCUGCGAAGCUCUCCAAGAGGGCUGCCUUCCGAAAUUUCCGUCUGCGCGGCUCGACCAAGCGAGCCCGCGAUAGUCCUCCUGUCGAGUUGCCUUCUAGUCCUCCUCCGGCCGUCGUCACCCACGACGGCAUAAAGAGUCGGCCCGCCACGGCGGAAGGUGUUGCGCUGAGCAGGCAGGAUGGCACCGGUCCCCGGAUUCCUGCCUUCUUGGACUCUUCGAUGCAGGAUAUCGAUUUCAAGUUCCAGGAAUUGACGUGGGCCGAACGUGAUCGAGUACUUGAAGGCAGCAGAAACGAAGCAGACGAAGACUUCAAAUGGGGACACUUCAAGCAACUCGAUGUGGAAGAGAAGGGUGUCAUGGACCGUUACAUCAACAUCAAACCAUGGAAUCACAACCGUAUUAGGUUGCAAGUUCCUACGAACGAACUCGACUACGUCAAUGCUUCCGAGAUCGUCCUCACCUCGCCCUCGGACCCGAGCCGGGAGCCACUCCGCUAUAUCGCCAUGCAGGGUCCGACCCCGCCAUCCAUCGAAUAUGUCUGGCGUAUGAUCGCUGAGCAGAUGGCGUCGCCUGCCGUGAUCGUGCAGCUGACCACCAUGUGUGAAGGCGGAGUCAUCAAGUGUCACCCAUACUUUCCCGACAACGAAGACCAGCCAACAUUGAUUCUGAAUGAGCAUGAUGCAUGGGGCGAUGACUGGCAGGGCGAAGUUACGUACGACUCAUAUGAAGAGCUUGCGGAUGGUGCUAUUGAGAAGCGCAAGCUACUCUUACAGCUGAAGGACGAAGAUGAGCCCCGAGUCGUGUGGCACCUGCUCUACCGGUUAUGGCCUGACUUUGGCGUACCCGAACUUGAAGAUCUCGAUGGCUUCUUUGAGCUCAUGCGACUAUCUCGGGAGCUCAGCGCACCCACCAACCCACGCAUUAUUCAUUGCAGUGCUGGUGUGGGCCGAACCGGUACUUUCAUCACCCUCGAACACCUCAUGCGCGAACUCGAACUGGGCACGUUUCAAAAUUACGAUGAGCCCACUGAAGGGCCCGAUCUAGUUUAUGAAACGGUCGAUAGCCUCCGAGAACAGCGUGUAGGAAUGGUUCAGGGCAAGCCUCAGUUCUUAUUCAUCUAUCAGGUCAUGCGGAAGCUAUGGCAGGACAAAUAUGGCGUUGAUGAUGAGGGCAAUGAGCCCGCAGCUAAGAGGCUCGAGGUAGGCGAUCCGUUCAUCGAUGAUUCACUACCGGACCCCAAGCAAAGCAGCACGAACCUGGCGAUUGGGGUUGCCAAGUAG